GUGCAGACUGUCGUCUUUGCUGCAGGCUGGCUCCGGAGUACAGGUUCGCGCCGGCGCCGGUGACCCCACCUUCAAGGAAGCGGGCUCCGGGUUCUCCCACGCCACGCCAGGCUGACCCCCGCCCUCCUCCGUCCCUCCUCUCCGUCGAGCUCCCUCCUCCCUCCCGGGCGUCUCCUUCUCGCAGCGGCCCCCGCAGACCAGCGAGGCGGCGGCAGCACCCACGUCGCCGCAGCUCCUGCCCGCAGCGCGCUCGCCGCGUCCCCGGCUCCCACGCAGCGCGAGCGGCGGUGUGCCAGCAGCCCGGACCCCGCACAGUGCGCACGGUGCGGCGGGGCAGAGCUGAGCUGAGCCCGGCUGGAGCCGCAGGAGGGCGGCGUGGUGGAGGACGCUGAGACGCUGGACGAGCUGCGCACCUGGAAAGUUACGCGGCGGCCUGGCUCCUGAGCAACAUGGGAAAUGGUUCAGUGAAACCCAAACAUGCUAAGCAUCCAGACGGCCAGCCAGGGAACCUCAGCACGGAUGCCCUGCGGAGCAAGGUGGCAGAGCUGGAACGAGAGCUGAGGAGGAAGGAUGCAGAGCUUCAGGAACGGGAGUACCACCUGAAGGAGCUGCGGGAGCAGCUGUCCAAGCAGACUGUGGCCAUUGCGGAGCUCACAGAAGAGCUGCAGAGCAAGUGUAUCCAGCUGAACAAGCUGCAGGAUGUGAUCCAUGUGCAGGGAGGGAGCCCACCGCAAGCUUCUCCUGACAAAGUGCCUUUGGAGGUUCACCGCAAGACCUCAGGGCUGGUCUCUCUCCACAGCAGGAGGGGGGCAAAGGCUGGAGUGUCUGCAGAGCCCACAACCCGAACCUAUGACCUCAACAAACCCCCUGAGUUUUCCUUUGAGAAAGCAAGAGUCAGGAAGGACUCCAGUGAGAAAAAGCUCAUCACUGAUGCCCUCAAUAAGAACCAGUUUCUGAAGCGAUUGGACCCCCAGCAGAUCAAAGACAUGGUGGAAUGCAUGUACGGGAGAAACUAUCCACAGGGCAGUUACAUCAUCAAGCAAGGAGAGCCGGGCAACCAUAUCUUUGUGCUGGCAGAGGGUAGACUAGAGGUGUUCCAAGGAGAGAAGUUGCUGUCAUCCAUCCCAAUGUGGACCACAUUUGGGGAACUGGCGAUUUUGUACAACUGUACACGGACUGCCUCUGUGAAAGCUAUUACCAAUGUUAAAACUUGGGCACUCGACAGAGAGGUUUUCCAGAACAUUAUGAGGAGAACGGCCCAAGCCAGGGAUGAGGAGUACAGAAACUUCCUCAGAAGUGUUUCCUUGCUGAAGAACUUACCUGAAGAUAAACUAACCAAGAUCAUUGACUGUUUGGAAGUGGAAUACUAUGACAAAGGCGAUUACAUCAUCAGAGAAGGAGAGGAAGGGAGCACCUUUUUCAUUUUGGCAAAAGGAAAGGUGAAAGUCACACAGAGCACAGAAGGCCAUGACCAGCCACAGCUGAUUAAAACCCUGCAGAAAGGGGAGUACUUUGGAGAAAAAGCUCUGAUCAGUGAUGACGUCAGGUCAGCCAAUAUAAUUGCUGAAGAAAAUGAUGUUGCAUGCCUCGUGAUAGACCGAGAAACGUUCAACCAAACUGUUGGGACAUUUGAGGAACUCCAAAAAUACCUUGAGGGGUAUGUGGCCAACCUGAACCGUGAUGAUGAGAAAAGACAUGCAAAGCGCUCUAUGUCUAACUGGAAGUUGUCCAAAGCCCUUUCUCUGGAGAUGAUUCAGCUGAAAGAGAAGGUGGCCAGAUUCUCCUCAACCUCCCCAUUCCAGAACCUUGAGAUUAUCGCAACACUGGGCGUUGGUGGGUUCGGAAGAGUGGAGCUUGUUAAAGUUAAAAACGAGAAUGUUGCUUUUGCUAUGAAGUGCAUAAGGAAGAAGCACAUUGUUGACACUAAGCAGCAAGAACACGUCUACUCAGAAAAGAGGAUCCUGGAGGAGCUCUGUUCUCCCUUCAUCGUUAAAUUAUAUCGUACUUUCAAGGACAAUAAAUAUGUGUACAUGCUGCUGGAAGCCUGCUUAGGCGGGGAGCUGUGGAGUAUAUUAAGGGACAGAGGCAGCUUCGAUGAACCCACCUCCAAAUUCUGUGUUGCCUGUGUGACAGAGGCAUUUGAUUACCUGCAUCGACUAGGCAUUAUCUACAGAGACCUGAAGCCAGAAAACUUGAUUCUGGAUGCUGACGGUUACCUUAAGUUGGUUGACUUUGGAUUCGCCAAGAAGAUCGGCUCUGGGCAGAAAACCUGGACAUUCUGUGGGACUCCAGAGUAUGUGGCCCCUGAGGUCAUUCUCAACAAAGGACAUGACUUCAGUGUGGACUUCUGGUCCCUAGGAAUUCUAGUAUAUGAACUCCUAACGGGCAACCCACCCUUUUCUGGAAUAGACCAAAUGAUGACCUACAAUUUGAUUCUCAAAGGAAUUGAAAAAAUGGAUUUUCCCAGAAAGAUCACAAGGAGACCUGAGGAUUUGAUUCGGAGGCUUUGCAGGCAAAAUCCAACAGAAAGGCUGGGGAAUCUGAAGAACGGGAUCAACGACAUUAAGAAACACAGGUGGUUAAAUGGUUUCAAUUGGGAGGGCCUGAAAGCGCGGAACCUUCCAUCCCCUUUACGAAGAGAGCUCAGUGGCCCCAUAGAUCACAGCUACUUUGACAAAUAUCCUCCUGAAAGGGGGGUACCUCCGGAUGAGAUGUCAGGCUGGGACAAAGACUUCUGACGGAAGAAAAGUGAUGGCGUGCCACAGAAGAGGACUGUGAGGACCAAUGACACAGUGCUGAUGAUUCCUCUCUUCAGAGCAUUAGAAGAUCUCUUGGAAGACUGCGGGGGAGAAGAAAAUCCUGGCUGGUCGGGGCAGGAGAGUGGAUAGAUGUGGUUCUGGACAAGAAUGUCUCCUUUAGAUGCUGUGAAUUAUCCCUGUUUUCCAUUAUGUACUUGUCUCAGACUGUCCUCUCCCCUUUACAUGAUCAGAUCUAUUUUUGUUGGCAUAACAUAGUUUUCUGUGAAAUCUGUUGUUCCCUUCAACUCACACUCUCCUGCCUAGAGUCCUAAGAAAAAAAUUAGUAUUUUCUUCUUGAGCACCUUCCUUCUAGAAGGAAGAAGAUGAAUAUGGACCACUUUAGAAGAAGCUCUCCAGGGCUCAACAGACACUAUGGAUAUAUUGUGAUGGCCCCAAAUGGUAGUUUCCAGACAUCUUGGGUAGUCAAUAGAAGAUCAUGAAUUUCCUUUUCUUUUAACAUAAAAAUAGACUAAAUUGUUUUUCUGAUGCCAUCUAGGGAAAAGAAAACAUUUGAAUAUUAGUUAGUGAUACUAGGUAUGAAAGGAAGUCAAUUAAUCAAAUCAGAUAAUUACAUUAUUUUUAAUAACUUAGGAAAAACAAACAAAAACUUUCUUUUUUCCUUUGGCCAGUUGUAAUACUCAGAGAUUUUUCAAAAACUUCAUUAAAAAUCAUUUAGAAAGUAAAACAUGACUAAAUAUUGGGCCUUUGUGAAGGUUCUACCUUUUAUUUAAAAAAUACUUCCACUGUCAAAGUAGAAAAGAUAGUGGAAUAAAAGACUAAGGGCAUUUCCUUCCCACAAAGACAGAGCACCAUGACCCCGAUAGGUAAAGGUUCUGACUCUCAAGCUCUGAGGUCUAUCGCUCAACCCUGCCAUCACUGCUCUCAAUACACACAGAGAAUAGAAUGAGCACCUUUAAUUUUUAUUGAGAAGCCCAUUGGCAGGUGUUGGUACUUGUAAUCACUGUAGAGUUAACGGCUUUGUUUAGAGGCAUUCGAGUCAUGUAUAUAAUUAUAACACAAGCUAUUGGGGAUGUGAUAGGAUUUUAGAAGUAAAAGGAACACUCAGAACCUAGUUUCUUUCUGUUUCCUCUUCUCCGUCUUCCAGAUAACGAUAGGGGAGUUUCAAAUCAUUGGACACCCUAAGAAUUUUACCAGUGAGUGUUCAUAGGUCUUGAUCCCAAUCACUUCCUCCCUUGCAGAUUUCUCACCAUCUUUUUAAUCCUGGCAGGGUAGAAACGACAUCCUGUGUCAUUCCUAGUUCCUGUAUCUUUCAAUCUUCUGAUUGUAUUUUCAUAUGAUAAUAUUCUAUGUGGAAAGGAAACUUCACCAACUCCACACAUGUAUUUUCAUUCUUUAAAGAAAGUCAGCAAUCUAUUUCCUGAAGAUUUAAGCCAGAUUAAGCCAGGCCCAGAAAAAGAAAGUGCAUCCUUAAUAAAUUAUAUUUACAUAUUUAGAGUCCUUUUGCUGAACCAAAGAGUUUUGUUUCAUGGGGUAGAUUUUUAAAGAUUAUGUAUUGUAUAUAGAGAAGCCAUUUUUACUAGGAUUAAUAUAACAUGCUUUAAGAAUUUCUAAAGUCUAAAAAUAUUUUAUUUGCAUUUGGUUUGUAUGUACUAUAUGUUUUUCCAUGUAUAUAUUUUAUAAUUACCAACAUAUUCAGGUAGAAAAUGGAUAUAUUGGAUGGACAUUAGGACUGUACAGUUAUAACAAUGAUAUUCUUUAAAGUGUUCCAUUAUUGUAAUUGGAAAGAAUAAUACUACAUAUAUAGAGUUAAAACCCAACUUAGAGGUUAAUUUUUCCUGUGAGUGGUCAUAUCAUAUGUAAUUCCCACAUAUGAUUUUAUUGUCUUUCCCUUAUAAAGAUGAAGAUAUGUAAGACUGAAUUAUCAUUUAAUCUCAGCUGAUUUCUAGCUCAGUGACCUUGAAAAAAUGAUUUGCCUUUCGGUACUAGCUUCUCACUUGUAGAACAAAGCUGAGGCAGAGAUGGAUCCUUACCUGGUAUCUGUGAAAUGAUCCUUGCUGCAUAGAUGGGAGCUACUGUUACUAUCUCUAUUGAAAUUAAAGCGGCCUUAUUAACCAUUUA